GGUCUAAGCCGGUCUCCGGCGCAGGCGCAGUGCGGAUAAACAGGAAGCGGGCGGUAGAGGCAGUGGCAGAGGAGAUCUAGGGGCUUCGGGUGAAGGCAGCGGAAGAACUAGGAUUAUUGGAAGGGCAGCAGAGGCCGACUGAGAACGAAAAAAGGCGCCUUCGCCAUCUACCUCUAGGCAACGAGAAAUCGCGGCCUCGCUCUCCGCUUGGAUUUCCGGAUCCCCAGCUUAGGCUGAGGCAGCGGCUGACAAAGGGCUCGCGCCGGUGCCGCCGCCCUUCUCAUCCGGGCAUUCGGGUCCCUGCGGAGAGGGAGGGGGAAGGGCAGAGGGGGAGGGGAAGGAAUAGGAGGGGGGCACGCUUGGAGCCGAGGCCCUCUCUAGGGCUCCGGGCCUGCAGCCCAACGGACGGAGGCCGAGGAGGACCUGCAGAGGUGGCGGCGGCCGGGGUCAGGAGGAUGGUGCAGAAAGAGAGCCAGGCGGCGCUGGAGGAGCGGGAGAGCGAGCUCAACUCCAACCCUGCCGUCUCCGCGGGGGCAUCGUUGGAGCCGCCGGCAGCUCCGGCCCCCGGAGAAGACAACCCAUCCGGGGCCGGGGGAGCAGCGGUGGCCGGGGCGGCAGGAGGGGCUCGGAGGUUCCUAUGUGGCGUGGUGGAAGGAUUUUAUGGAAGACCAUGGGUUAUGGAACAGAGAAAAGAACUCUUUAGAAGGCUCCAGAAAUGGGAACUAAAUACAUAUUUGUAUGCUCCAAAAGAUGACUACAAACAUAGGAUGUUUUGGCGAGAGAUGUAUUCAGUGGAAGAAGCUGAGCAACUUAUGACUCUCAUCUCUGCUGCACGGGAAUAUGAGAUAGAGUUCAUCUAUGCUAUCUCACCUGGAUUGGAUAUUACCUUUUCUAACCCCAAGGAAGUAUCUACCUUGAAACGCAAACUGGAUCAGGUUUCUCAGUUUGGGUGCAGGUCAUUUGCUUUGCUUUUUGAUGAUAUUGACCAUAAUAUGUGUGCAGCUGACAAAGAGGUAUUCAGUUCUUUUGCGCAUGCCCAGGUCUCCAUCACAAAUGAAAUUUAUCAGUAUCUAGGAGAGCCAGAAACCUUCCUCUUCUGUCCCACAGAAUAUUGUGGCACUUUCUGUUAUCCAAAUGUGUCUCAGUCUCCUUACUUAAGGACUGUGGGUGAAAAGCUGCUACCUGGAAUUGAGGUGCUUUGGACAGGUCCCAAAGUUGUAUCUAAAGAAAUUCCAGUAGAGUCCAUUGAAGAGGUUUCUAAGAUUAUUAAGAGAGCUCCGGUAAUCUGGGAUAACAUUCAUGCUAAUGAUUAUGACCAGAAGAGACUAUUUCUGGGCCCAUACAAAGGAAGAUCCACAGAACUCAUCCCACGGUUAAAAGGAGUCCUGACUAAUCCAAAUUGUGAAUUUGAAGCCAACUAUGUUGCUAUCCAUACCCUUGCCACUUGGUACAAAUCAAACAUGAAUGGAGUGAGAAAAGAUGUCGUAAUGACUGACAGUGAAGACAGUACAGUAUCCAUCCAGAUAAAGUUAGAAAAUGAAGGCAGUGAUGAAGAUAUUGAAACUGAUGUACUCUAUAGUCCACAGAUGGCUCUAAAGUUAGCUUUAACAGAAUGGCUGCAGGAGUUUGGCGUACCUCAUCAGUACAGCAGUGAGUUUGGCCAUUCUUUGGGACCCAAAGGAGCACAGAUGUUAAGGGAGUUCCAGUGGCUUCGAGCGAAUAGCAGUGUUGUUAGCGUCAAUUGCAAAGGGAAAGACUCUGAAAAAAUUGAAGAAUGGCGGUCACGAGCAGCCAAGUUUGAAGAGAUGUGCGGACUAGUGAUGGGAAUGUUCACUCGGCUCUCCAAUUGUGCCAACAGGACAAUCCUUUAUGACAUGUACUCCUAUGUUUGGGAUAUCAAGAGUAUAAUGUCUAUGGUGAAGUCUUUUGUACAGUGGUUAGGGUGUCGUAGUCAUUCUUCAGCACAGUUCUUAAUUGGAGACCAAGAACCCUGGGCCUUUAGAGGUGGUCUAGCAGGAGAGUUCCAGCGUUUGCUGCCAAUUGAUGGGGCAAAUGACCUCUUUUUUCAACCACCCCCACUGACUCCUACCUCCAAAGUUUAUACUAUCAGACCAUAUUUUCCUAAAGAUGAGGCUUCCGUGUACAAGAUUUGCAGAGAAAUGUAUGACGAUGGAGUGGGUUUACCUUUUCAAAGUCAGCCUGACCUUAUUGGAGACAAGUUAGUAGGAGGGUUGCUUUCCCUCAGCCUGGAUUACUGUUUUGUCCUAGAAGAUGAAGAUGGCAUAUGUGGUUAUGCCCUGGGCACUGUAGAUGUGACUCCCUUCAUUAAAAAAUGUAAAAUUUCCUGGAUUCCCUUCAUGCAGGAGAAGUAUACCAAGCCAAAUGGUGACAAAGAACUCUCUGAGGCUGAGAAAAUAAUGUUGAGUUUCCAUGAAGAGCAGGAAGUGUUGCCAGAAACUUUCCUUGCCAACUUCCCUUCUCUGAUAAAGAUGGAUAUUCACAAAAAAGUAACUGACCCAAGCGUAGCCAAAAGCAUGAUGGCUUGUCUCCUUUCUUCACUGAAGGCUAAUGGCUCCCGAGGGGCUUUCUGUGAAGUGAGACCGGAUGAUAAAAGAAUUUUGGAAUUUUACAGCAAGUUAGGCUGUUUUGAAAUCGCAAAAAUGGAAGGAUUUCCAAAGGAUGUGGUUAUACUUGGUCGGAGCCUGUGACAUUUGUUGGCACUAUGAACUGUCGGAAAGUCUCUUAACUUCACCUGGUGUGUGGUGGUUGGGGUCUUCAUACAGUUCAGCCUCUGGAGCGGCAACAAAUCAGCUGAUGGGGAUUGGAAACAAAGAAGACUAUAUAAAACUCACCCAUCGUACUUUGAGACUACUCACUGG